UGGGGCCCGCGUUGGCAGUAUAUUAACAGGAAACAUAUGUUUUUAGCUGACAGGGCUGGAGAGAGGGGUGACUGAACAGAGCUGAACAGCUGAACAAAGGAAACAAAGGGGGAACUAGUGUGUUGUUGUCGCCCUGCCAGUGAGGCUCCGUUGGGGGUAAAAGCGCAGGACAGUAGGGUUUUUAUUUCUGUGAGGCAAGGAUAGCUUUCAAAGGACCUCUCCUCUUAAUCAAAUUGAAGACUACUUGAAAAGCCAUGUCCAGAACACUUGGACUAUCAGUGCUCCUGUCUGCGCUCUGCUGCUGCCUAGCGGACAAUGUGCAGCUGCUACGCACUAAGAGAGGGACUCGGUUUUACAGAGGUGAGCCUGUCAGGCAGCCAUUCAGACGGACGCUUUUGAUUAUUCAUGUCGAGAAGUCUUCACCUUCCUUUGACACCUCCUUACAUUGUGUGGAUGAGGAGAUGUCAGCAGUGCGUAGUUAUGGGGACACUUGGCUGCGAUGGAGGGGACAGCGUGUGGAGUACUGCCGUUGUGCAUUAAGAGGACGAGAGCGUUGUCAUAUUGUGCCCAUCAUCAACUGCUACGUGUCUCAGUGCUACAACGGAGGAACCUGUAAGGAGGCCGUGUACACUUCAGACUACAUUUGCCAGUGUCCCCCAGGCUUCAGUGGGACUCAGUGUGAGAUCAACACUAAAGAGAAGUGUGCGUUGGGGCAGGGUGAAGGGUACCGCGGCACAUGGAGCAUCAGCCAUUCAGGAGCAGAGUGCAUCAACUGGAACGCUACGUCUCUGAGAGGAAAGAAGUUCACAGCUAAAAAAAUGGACGCCAGCAUCCUUGGACUGGGCAACCACAACUUCUGCAGAAACCCCGACAAUGACAGCACUCCUUGGUGUUACAUCUAUAAAGGCACUCAGAUUACGUGGGACUUCUGUUCCAUGCCCAAAUGUCAAGAAGCUGAGUACCAAGAAUGUGUGCAGGGCUCCGGUCAGUCAUACAGAGGCACAGCGUCUGUCACUAAGAGCGGCUCUCGCUGUCUCCCGUGGGACUCUCCUUCUGUCAAGCGCAAGCACUACAAUGCUUGGAUAUCUGAUGCAUUGGAGCAGGGGCUGGGCAGCCACAGCUUCUGCAGGAAUCCGGACGGUGAUGCAGGUCCUUGGUGUCACACCUACAAGAACAUGCAACUGAUCUGGGAGCUGUGUGACAUACCUAAAUGCAUGGGAUCUGUCAUCAGCACUCUCGGCCCACGUGCCCCCAUCACUAACAACAAUAACAGAGCAACAUGUGGGCAGCGUUUAGACAACACCCUGAAUCGUCCGGCGUUCCGCAUGUUUGGAGGCAGAGAGAGCGACAUCACGGAGCAGCCGUGGCAGGCGGCCAUUAAUGUUUACCAGGCGCGUCACAGAAAACACUUUCACCGAUGUGGAGGAGUCCUCAUUGACUCCUGUUGGGUUCUGUCUGCUGCACACUGCUUCGAGGACAAUGAUAAAGCAGAAAAACUGGAAGUGAUUUUGGGAAGAACGUUUCGGAAACAAAAUUCCAGCAGCGAGCAGAUUUUCAAGGUCGAGAAGUACUGGAAUCAUGAGAAAUUUGACAACGAAACGUUUGACAAUGACAUCGCUCUCUUAAAGCUAAAGACGGACAUUGGCAUCUGUGCUAUAAACUCUCCAGAGGUUCUUCCUGCAUGUCUGCCUGAACGUGGUCUGGUGCUCCCCGACUGGACUGAGUGUGAGAUCUCGGGCUAUGGAAAAGACUCAGAAUUUUCUGCAGAGUUCUCCGAGCGUGUUAAGAGAGGUUAUGUUCGGCUGUGGCCCAAAGAGCGCUGCGUCCCAGAUGUGCUGUCUCAACGCACAAUUACCUCCAACAUGCUGUGUGCAGGUGACACCCGAGGCCUGGACGAUGCCUGCAAGGGAGACUCUGGUGGCCCUCUUGUCUGUCGAAACAAUGACAAGAUGACUCUGAUGGGUGUGAUCAGCUGGGGCGAUGGGUGUGGGCAGAAGGAUAAGCCCGGGGUCUACACCCGCGUCACCCAUUACAUCGACUGGAUCAACAGCAUAAUUAAGGCACACCCGGUCUAAAGUAAGAGAGACUGCAAAGAAGAUGUUGGAUUACCAUACCCAUAAACACAGUGGGUGAAACAGCAAACACAGAUAUGUUUGUCAUUGAGAAGAUAGACGGAGAGAUCCACAGGAGUCUGAUUCUGUUGUUUAUCUGUUGAUAAAAUCCAAACUGAUGGAGGUUUUAAACCAGCAGGACCCCUCCUACAGAACGCACAAGAAAGACCUCAAUCAUGAGUUUUCAUGCUCCAUGUAGCUCUGUGUUCUCACGUUUUCUGUUCCUUACUGUGUUGAAUGUGACAGUACAAAUGGACAGAAACACAGGACAAACUCUUUUUCCUCUUCUGGGCCAUCUUGAUGUAAAUAAUACUUGUUGUCUCUUCACGCAAGCAAAGUUUUAAUGGGUUUUCUGAAUAUUGCGUCCAACAAAAUGGAGGUUCAGGCACUGAACCUAACAGAAAGAAAAAAGAAAUAUCAGUUUUCUCUUUUGCUCUUUCUGGCUGGCUUUAUGCUGGUUUAUACAAAGAAAUCAGAGUGGCAGACUUCAGGUCAGUAUUGCUUUUAAUCCAAACAAACACUCCAUUUAAUACAAGCAUUUACGUUGCACAGCACAGUAUGUCACAUAGGAGUGUUGGCAUUAAAGAGAAGAAGAUUGUGUUACAGACUUGAGGUUAUGUUGGCGUAAUUAGUUUUAAUGCUAAAUGUUCUGCAUUAGCUUACUUUGUUGCUUUAGGGGUUCCAACACAAAACACAAAACGUAUCUGCGGGUUCAGAUUCUGCUUGUGUUUGAACUUCCUGCUGCCUUGUAGAUGGAUUAGAUCUGGACAGGUGCUCAGAUACAACAAAGCUGUGCCAUGUUUCUUGUUCUUACGAUGUUUUUUAAUAUUAGAUUUCCAGAGCACUUCUCCACCAGACACCUGGGUUGAGCCCAACAUGUAUAUUGUCUGAAUAUUGAUUUUAUAUUUAAAAUGACUUGGGGCUGUUAUUCUCUGUUCUACAUUAAACUGCUUAUUGACUGCAAAACGUAUCUCCUUAACAAACUCCCUUUGUUCUGUGACUGGGUUUUAAAUGUUUUUUUUACAAAGUUAAUAUUUAUGUGUAUUUUAUAUUAUAUUAGAGAAAGUACUGUGUGACUGUACUUUGAUAAUUUAUUGUCUCUGUCAUUAUAACCACAUCUGGCAACAUAACUUCUUUGUCAAUAAAUAAGAUUUGGAAUAAA